GAGGAGAGGAAGGAAGCGAUAUAAUAAUGAAGAAAAAAAAGAAAACCAGCGAGUGACAUAACUUUACCUGCGUCUUUAGCACACUCCGAAGCCCUUUCUUGUCGCUAUGGGAUAAUUUAAUGGCAUAUUUAGGUGCGAAAAUGGCCCCAUAUAUGGGGAGGGAAGUUCACUCCAGACGAGUUUAAGGAGAGACGCAUUUCUUCCCCCAUCCUUACCUUGUGUGGAAGAAUGGGGGCCGGAGCUCUGACCAUCUGUCACAACGAGGCGGCAGUGCAGGUGAAGGAGGAUAUGAAGAAGAUGGUUCAGAUGCCCGUGCUGAGACCACGCUCGGUGGCGGCCAAGCAGACCAGGCUGUUCGGGGCGCCCCUCCCCGAGCUGCAGGAGAGGGGCCUGACUGAGGACGGUGUGCCCCUGGUAGUGCACAGGAUGGUGGAGCACCUGCGCAACCAUGCGCUGCAGCAGGAGGGUUUGUUCCGGGUGAACGGCAGUGUGCGGGCCGUGGAGGCCCUCCGGCAGCGCCUGGAGAGCGACCAAGCCGCCGAUAUCGACAGCGACGUGGACACGUGCACAGUGGCCAGCCUGCUCAAAAGGUACCUGAGAGACCUCCCCCAAGGCCUGGUGGAGCCUGCAGUCCAAAAGGCGCUGGUGCACCACUACCAAGAGUUUGGCGACGAGGUCUCCUGCUCAGGCCUGAGGCAGCAUCUGAAGCAGCUACCGGGCGUCCACCUCAGCCUACUGCGUUACCUGUGUCACUUCCUCACGCUGGUGGAGGGCAACCAUCAGGACAACCGCAUGAACGCCCACAACCUGGCCACCGUGUUCGGACCCAGCGUCUUCCACGUGGCUCCUGGUUUUGAGGCCCUGAACGAGCAGAACAUCUGCAACAAGAUCCUGGUCCGGUUCAUCCAGAACUACAGCAGCGUAUUCGAAGAAGACACAAAAGACGAAGAAAAAGAAGAACAAGACGACGUCAUCCUGGUGAAGGUUCGACAUCAUGAUGCAGUACCUUUGUGCCAAGCCAACAGCAGCACACAUGUGAGGCCUAGGAAGAAGAAGGUGAGGAAAGCCAAGACUGAUGGGGGUGCCCCUCAAGCGCCUGCCUUCCCCGGGCACCUGGUAACAAUGCCACUGCCCCGUGGCGGGGGGCCUCUCGGCGUACCGAUAGUGGUGCCUCUGAGAAGCGUCAGCCCUGCGGAGGUUAUAGAGACGCCUCGCGGGGACACCCCUGCCCCUGCCUGUUCCCAUGUUAACCUGAAUGUCAGCGGCCAGGAAGAUGAGAGGCCAAUAUCUCCUUUCUACAUGAGCCCCCACUGCUCCCCUUUAGUUCGCUCACCUGAUGCCAUCAAAAUCCUGGAGAGGACCAUCCGUUCGACCGUAGAGCAGCACCUGUUCGAUGGCCAUCAUGCUUCAGACGGUGGGGAGCUGACCCUGCAACGGCUCGUUUCAACAGCAAGACAGCGACGACGGCACCGCAGAGAGCAGCAGGACGACGGCUCCGGAUAUAGAGACAGAAGCAGAACGGACACCAACAAGGAGAAUAUCCCAACAUUAGAAGACAAGAGCAGCUGUGGUAGAAACUUGAGGGAGGACACAGCCAUUGUUGGCGUAGUCUCACAUGGUGGGCAGAGCACUCAGGUGGUGUGCGCGCCAAAAUCCAGGAAGUGGAAACACAAUCUGACGCUGGCGCAGCUCAACCAGGACGCCGACAGAGAAUCUGCUGCCAUGUCGGCAACCUUUGAGGGAACCAGGCCCAGCCGCAUGGAGUCCUAUAAGAAAAGGAAUGAUGCUUCAAGAAAAGAUGACCUUCCUUCCACCUCACAGACGCUAAGGAUGAAGAUCCAGGAGUCGUCCGUCGUGGCCUGCGGCGGCGGGGAGGUGUAUGAUCCCGAGCGGGACAAGGCGAGCUGUGAGGACAUGCCCCGCCAGGACAACAACUGGGGAGAACCGGUGCCGGCUUACUCCGCAUUACAGCGAGAGAGCACAGACCGCGAGGAGGCCCGUCUGUCGCCACACGCCGGUAGCCGCCUCAUCCGCCAGCUGCUGGAGGAGGACAGCGACCCCAUGCUGUCCCCCCGCUUCUACGCUUACGGCCAGUGUCAGCAGUACCUGGACGACACCGAAGUGCCGCCGUCGCCGCCCAACGCCCACUCCUUCGUCAGUCGCAGGAGGAGCUCCUCUUUAGGCUCCUGCGAUGACGACAAAGAGGAGCUGACCACCGCACAGCUCUCCAAGAGGAUCCAUGUCCUAAAGAAGAAGAUCCACAGGUUUGAAGAGAGGUUCGAAGAUGAGCGGAAAUACCGGCCUUCCCACGGCGACAAAGCUGGAAACCCAGAGGUGCUGCGAUGGAUGAACGAGCUGGCCAGGCUGCGCAAAGAACACAAAGAACACAAGCUGAUGAAAUCUGAGGAGGACCUUCCGCCAUUGACGCGGCAACGCAGCAACACGCUGCCCAAGAGCUUUGGAUCGCAGCUGGAGAAGAAACCCACGCAGGAGAAGGUGCCCAAGCCCCCCGUGGAGAGCACGCUAGAGGGCAUCCUCAAGAAGUUGCAGGAGAAGCGCCAGGAGGUCGACCGGCCCGAGGACAUCAAGGAUAUGACCAGAGAGCAGAUUGGAGCUGAGAAACUGGCCCUGCAGAAAGCUCUCCUCUACUACGAGAGCAUCCAUGGACGGCCUGUGACCAAGAGCGAGCGGCAGAUCAUGAAGCCGUUGUACGACAGGUACCGGCUGGUCAAGCAGAUCCUGUGCCGAGCCUCCGCCAUCCCAGUCAUUUGCGGCGGCGGCGGCGGCGGCGCUACAACCUCCACGCCGGUUAACGGCUACUUCUCAACGUCACCGCAGGGCUCGCCCUCCAGCAAGCGCCGAGGCCCCCUGCUGCAGCCCAUUAUCGAGGGCGUAACCGCGCUUUUCUUCGACGACACCAAGGAGGAAGAGGACGGCUCCGAGGACGAUGGUGACGCCAAGACGCAGUUCUCGGUCACCGCUCGGCCUGAGCUAAACGUGCUCAGCUUCCUGGGCCACGUGGACGAGGAAGUGGACGGUUUUAUUUCCCCAGUGGACGAACUGAUGCCCUCCAAGAACGUGACUGACAUGCGCUUGUCCAACCUGCACUCCGCAAGCACAAAAGAUCUUGUGGAGCAGCUCCAAGAGACCCGUGAGGAGAAGAAGCGAAUCCGCAAGAAUCUCAAAGAGUUUGAGGACCAGUUCUUUCAACAGAAUGGAAGGAACGUUCAGAAGGAGGACCGCUCGCCUCUCGCCACCGAGUACAACGAGUACAAGCACGUCAAAGCCAAACUGAAGCUACUGGAGGUCCUCAUCAGCAAAAGAGAGUCCACCAAGUUCAUAUGAGCAAAAUCAAAGACUUUUGUCGUGACAGUUUGGAUCAAGUUGUCCCGAGCGCUGCCGAGAACCCCAAAUCUUCACCGCAAACAAUCAAGCUUAUAAUGUCUACUAAUUUAUUUGUGUCCGUUUGUAACGCAACAACAAUCUUUCUCACCUUUUACCAUAGAAGUCUUAAAAAUGAUACACAUGAAAUGGUAUUUUUUAAAAUGUUGUCAGGAAGAUGGCGCAGGAUAUUUUUGUACAGGAGACUUUAUAUUUGUUGGAGAUUUAACAUCUGACCUGACCUCUGUAGAAGAAUGCUCGCUAGAGGCCAAACUGAUUGUUUUGCUAGCUAUCUUAAAAUGAGUAUUGUGGGCCACAAUUAAAAUGGAAAAAUAAAAUUAUAAAUAUAUUAAAUUAUUAAUGAAGUCGUAGAAUUACUGGAAUAAUUUGUAAUUCACGGCAAAAAAAUGUUAAGUUGUAUUUUUUUCUGAGAAAAAGGUACUAUAUGAAAAGACCCACAUUUUAGUGAGGAAAUAGUUGUCAUUUUUAUGGGGAAAAAAAUAGAAUUUGCAAGACUUAAUGAAUAUUCUGCAAAAUAAUUUAGUGUAAGGAAAACAAAUAUUGCAAAUGUUGUGAUAAACUAGUCAUUGCGGGGGGGAAAAGAUGUAAAAUUGAGAACCUUUUGCAAAAAAAAAACAAAAAAAAACUAUAAUAAUGUGAAAUUGCCAGCCAAAGUAGUAUUUUUGCACAAAUACAGAAACAAAACCAUGUGGGAAUUUGUGAGAUCCAAAUUUUAGUAAACUAAUUGUAGUGGGAAAAUAUUUGUAAUUUUUACAAGAGGAAAAGAGAAAAUGUGCAAUACCUAACAACAUUUAUAUUGCACAAAUAAAAAAUAAUUUUCUUAGAUUAAAAAAGCUUUAAUAUUGCAAGAUUAAUUUUUAUUUUUACGUGAAUAAAGUCACAAUUUAACAACACAAAAAAAUAAUUUGGGGAGAACACAAUCUUUGAUUAUACCAUAAAUUUUUAAUAGUAAAAAAAAAACAAUGCUUCCACUUAUUUGGUGACUUUUUCUCAUAAAAAUGACAACUUUCUGUUACAGAUUUACAAUAAAUUUGGUUCUAUUGUAAUUGCACUGGUUUCCACUUUUUCCCCCCCAAAUAAUUUCGACUCUUAUUGUUGAUGUUUGUUGAAAAUCAUGUCUACAUUUUUUUUUGUCCUAAUCAAAACCAAAAUCUUCAUAUUUACUAUAAAAAGCAAAAAACUAAAAAUGGGCGCAAUUUUUAUUGCCUCCCUUUUUUUGUCAUUUUUUUUUAACGUGGCCCAUAAUACUUGCAUAUAGUACAAUUCUAAGACUCAAUGUGUAUUUCGUGCUCACUAGCAACAUCGGACUAGUAUGUCUGUUCAUUGUAGUCCACAAGUGUACAAAUCUUUGGUGUAAAAGAAAAAAUAAUAAUAACAAUAAAUGUCCAAAUGUUUUCCCUCCUGCUGUAAAUGUGGACAACGUAUGCGUAUGUUUACAUUUGUGUGAGCACGUACGUUUCUGUUCCUCUUUCUCCAAAAUGGAUAUGGACGAGUUAAUCUGUGUGAAUUUCGUUUUUAUUGAACACAAGCACUGGCGAGGGUUCGUGCAUUGAGAGUGUGUACAUUUUAGUACAUAAACUGUAUUUGUAUUUUGUACAUAUGAAUGAAAAAAAUACAUUUUUACUGACUCUU